AUGCUUCUUUUCGAGCAACCUGUUGACCUUGAAAAAAAUAAUGAAGAUGAUACGAACAUAAAACCUUUCGCAAUAUCACGACAUUUUUUAUUGAAACUUUUGCUUUGCGGUAUAAUACUCAUUGAGUUGCUUUUAUAUUCGAAGUGCCCAAAACCUAUUGAUAAUGGGCCCCGGACAAUUGCGAAUAGAUCAAAUACUUACUUCAACGGCACACAUGAUUUCAAGACGUUAACGAUAUUGAUAUCUAUCGAUGGGUUCCAUCCGAGAUUGAUAGAUGCAAAAUACACGCCAUUUCUUUACAACUUGCACAAUUUGCGGUCCCCGUACGAUAUGAAUAUCACGACUGCACCGUAUAUGAUCCCAAGUUUUCCCACUCAGACAUUUCCCAACCACUGGAGCAUGGUAACGGGAAAAUAUCCCAUUGAGCACGGUAUUGUUUCCAAUAUAUUCUGGGAUAAUUUCACGAGUAGCGAAUUUAGACCAAAUAACCUCGACGCAAGAAUUUGGAGCAACACGGCUGACCCUAUUUGGCAACUACUGCAAACUGAAUCGCAAGGCGAAUAUAAAGUGGCCACGCAUAUGUGGCCUGGAAGUGAGGUUGUGUAUGAGGACCACGGGGAUGUACCUAGGGAAAGAAUGCCAUUUUAUUUUGGGAAAUUCAAUCAAUGGGAAAAACUUCAAGAUAAAUUAGCUCAAAUUUUCCGAUACAUAGAUAUGCCUCAGCUUAAAGAUAGGCCAGAAUUGGUCAUAAGUUAUAUACCCAAUGUUGAUUCGUACGGACACAGUUUUGGAUACGAUUUACGAGAUAAGCGGCUACAAAAGCUGAUCGGUGAAGUCGAUGGAUUCUUUCUCGAUUUGAUUGAAGGCCUGCAAAAAAGAAACUUGUUGAAAAUUAGCAAUGUUAUGAUUGUUAGUGACCAUGGCAUGAGCAAUGUCAACGCGAAUGACGGUGAGCAUGUUGUUGUGUGGGAAAGGGUGUUCCCGGCCGACGCAAUGAGCGCAUUUAUUUCGCAUCUUUAUAACGAGGGCCCCAUGAUGAUGGUAUGUUUGAAAAACCCUCGAGACAAGCAAUGGAUUUGUGACUUGAUUGAAGCUCAGUUAGAGAAAGCAUAUGGAGAUGAAAUAUCGAGGAAGUUUCACGUGAUCCUGAAAGAAGAUUUCGACCCGAGCUGGAAAUAUUUCCAAUACGAUAACAGAAAGCACAGAUAUGACGAUAGGGUCGGCGAUAUCUGGAUUCUCGCAGAUGAAUACUACGCCAUUGUAAAAGAAAUGGGUGAUGUGCCUAUCGGCAUUAUGGGCACACAUGGAUACAACUUUAACAACUGUAGUGAUAUGGCAUCUAUAUUCAUUGGAAUGGGUCCGAUGUUCAACAAUGAAGUCGUACCUCCAUUUGAAAACAUCGAAGUAUACAAUAUGCUGAUCAAGGCAAGUGCGCUUUUGGGAGAAGAAAAGACAAAGAAGGAGAAGAGUUUAUUACAAUAA